CUGAAUCAUUACUUUGAAACGACCAUUACAGUUUUUUGUUGGCAUUUUAUAUUUAUUUUUGCAAGAAUUUAUUUAAUUUUUUUAUUUUUUAUUGACUUAAGGACUAAAAAUCUGGACAACACUUACUUAUAAAAGCUUGUUAUGGACGACUUUAAUAAAGAAUUUUCUUUAACUGCAUUAAAACAUCAAUUUGACGAGUCUGAUUUGCAUUCAAUGAGUUUAGAUGAAUUAAAAAAUAUGCGUCAAAAAGUUGAAGAUAAAGUUCAAAACCUUCAAAGUGAAUUGAGUGAUCUUGCAUUCCAUAAUUACCGAACUUAUGUUGAUGUUAGCACAACUGCUGAAUAUUGCCGAGAAAAGUUUCUCCAAAUGGACAUUUUAAUGCGACAGUCAAGUUCCUCUUUUCCAGCUCUCGAAGAACAAAUUGAUCAAUUCAAAAAUCAAUCAACCCAAUUAUUUAAUGAAUUUAAACUUUUGAGUGAUGUGGAGUCCACAAACUUUUUAAUUUGGGAAAUAAUUAGACUUCCAAAGUUAAUGGAAAAAUGUAUUCGUGCUGGACAUUUUGAUCAAGCUUAUUCAAUUACAAAUUUUGCUUUGUCGAUUAAACAAUCUAAACUUAAUGUUAUCGAUUAUUUACUUGAAGCACGACAUAGUCUUUUGGAUGAACUUUUUAACAAAUUUUCUGGCCCUCUCAAUUUGGCAAGUAGUAUUCAGAUUAUAAAUAAUAUAAGAAAGAUUCCUUACAUUUCCAAAACUCAAUUGCGUAUUUCAAUUCUUCAAUAUAGAGAUAUUUAUUUGGAAAAGAAAGUUUCUUCUAUUAUGUCUGAACCUGAUUUUAUUUUGCGAGUUAUAGAAGUAUAUAGAGAAUGUAUGUAUGACACAAUAAUCCUUUAUUUGGCUGUUUUUCCCGAAACUGACACUCAACAACGAUUUGUAAAUGAGGAUACUCGUUGGGAAAGAUGGACAGGAAGUUCUCAAAAUUAUUUGCUUCAAUGUUGGGCUCAAAAAAAUAUUGAAAGAUUAUUAAAUUAUGUGCAAUGUUUUGAUUAUACUUCUUUGUUGGAUAUUGAAAUGGUUGUUUCGAAGUUGAUGAGUUGUGCUUUUUCUUUUGGACGAAUGGGACUUGAUUUCCGUUCUUUAAUUCAUUACAAAUUUUCGCAAAUGGUUCUUAAUAUUUUUCAGAAUAAAAUAGAAGCGGCAACAAAAAGUUUUACUUCAAAGGAGAAAAUUGAUCUUAUUGAUGAUGGAAUUUUUGAAAACACUCAAUCUGAAUUAAAAAAAGAAAUUAAUCGUGUUGAUUUAUCAGCUCCAUUAGAAUUAUGUAUUUGGGAUGAAUUGUGUAUUUUUGGAAAUUCUAUAAUUAAUGCAUUAAAUGAAAUUAGACAUUCUAUAUAUAUUAAUUCGAUUCGUCGUGUUUUCAAUAUUUUACAUUUUUCUUUUCAAAAUAUUUUUGCUUGGUUGGACUCUUUCCUUUCAAAUCAAGAAAAUAUUUUUAUUGUCAAAAGGGCUACUUUCCUUUUAAUUAAACAAUUUUUGCCUUUCAUAAAUUGUUGCUUCUUUUCUUGUUUUCCUUAUGAACAAUGUGCUAAAAAAUAUUUUAUUACUGGAAAUUGUUCUUUAAAUGAAUAUGAAGAAACAAUUAAUACAAAGAAUGAAGGAAAUGAUGAACGUUUAGAAAUUGAGGGAGAAGAGAAGGAAGAAAAUAAAGAAAUUCUGAAAAUUGAAGACGAGAAGGAAGAAGGAAAUGAAGAAAUUUUAGGAGGUGAAGAGGUAAGGAAGGAAGGAAAUAAUGAACUUUUAGAAGUUGAAGAGGAAGGGAAGGAAGAAAAUUUGCAAGAAAAUAUUGAAAUGUCUUUAGCUACAAAACUGCGUCGUAUUAGAAAGAAACCUCCAGAUGGAUGGGAUUUGAUCGAACCAACACUUGAAGAAUUUGAAGCAAAAAUGCGUGAAGCAGAGACUGAACCACAUGAGGGCAAAAGACGAACAGAAACUGUUUGGCCUGUUUUUCGAAUUCAUCAUCAACGUUCAAGAUAUAUUUUUAAUUUAUUUUAUAAAGAAGAAAAAAUAUCAAAAGAACUUUACCAAUUUUGUAUUGAUGCAAAGCUUGUCGAUGCUCUCUUGGCUGCAAAAUGGAAGAAACAAGGAUUUGAGAAUUUGUGUUGUUUAAGAUGUAUUCAGACGAGAGAUACCAAUUUUGGGACAAAUUGUAUAUGUCGAGUUCCGAAAUCUAAACUUGACGCGGUUUGA